CCACCAUUACCUGUGCGACUAUAUAAAAUGCUCCUACUUUCAUUUCCGCAUAUGACUGUAAAACUGCAGCUUUCGAGGGUCGUUCGGAAAAGAAAAGGCCUUGGAGGGUGAAGAACGUCCCAGCCAGAGACUUAGCGGCAGGCAGCUGAGCCUCCAGCUUCCUCUAGGGGGCAGCGGCAGCAAAGCGAACUCCGGGGAUACUCAGAGGUGGCUUCGGAUGAUCACAUGAGGGGGAGUGGCUCACAAGAGGAUCGUACGAUCAGGUCAUAACACAGAGAGGCCCCAGCAGGAAUCAACUGGUCUGGAUCGGCACAAUAAUGGACAAGAAGAGAGGAAAAAGAAGAGCUGAAAUGUGUCCCCCUGUGGGGUGUAACAGAAAGAGCCCUGAGAGUGUCCUGAUGAAGAGAGCAGGCUCACCUGUACCCAACUGUGUUUCCAUGAAGAGUGACAGGUCAAUGCAUCGAUCAAUCAAAUUCAAAGAGGGACCUUUUCCUACUGAUCAAAGUGUCCUGAUGAAGAGAGCAGACUCCCCUGUACCCAGCUGUGUUUCCAUGAAGAGUGACUGGUCAGUGAAGCAACGAAUCAGAUUCUUUGAGGGAUCUUUUCCUACAGAUCAAAGAGACCAAAUGGAAGAUUGCAGUUCAGAUCUACAUGAUAAAUCGGGUUUAUCAUCCAUAUUGAAGUCACUAGAGGAAAAAGCCAUGAAGUUCCUAAAGGAGGAACUGGAGACGUUUGUGAGGCACCUAGAUAAUAAUUACCCAGAAUGCUCUGAGCCUCAGCUAGAGGAGGACAAUGACCUGGACUGUGAUGGUCAGAUGCAGAAGACCAGUGUUAGAGAGGUAGCUCUGAAGAUCACACUGUACAUCCUGAGGACCAUGAAGCAAAAUGAUCUUGCUGACAUGCUGGACAAGAGACAGCUCAUGCUGCAGGAAAUCAAAUGUAAACUUAAGAAGCAAUUUGAGUGUGUAUUUGAAGGGAAAGCUAAGGAAAGACAGCCAACACUUCUCAGUGAGAUUUACACAGAACUCUACAUAACUGAAGGUGGGACUGGAGCAGUCAAUGAUGAACAUGAAGUGAGACAGAUUGAAACAGCAUCCAAGAAAAGGCGAACAGAAGAUACUACAGUCAAGUGCAAUGAUAUAUUUAAACCCUUAUGUGGGCGUGAGACACCUAUCAGAACUGUACUCACUAAAGGGGUGGCAGGUAUUGGGAAAACAGUCUCUGUGCAGAAAUUUAUUCUCGACUGGGCAGAAGGAAAAGCAAACCAGGAUGUUCACUUCAUAUUUGCUCUUCCUUUCCGGGACCUGAAUUUGAUUAAGGGUGAAUACAGUCUGAUUGAACUGCUUCACCACUUUGUCCCAGAACUGAAAUCAUUUCAAUCCACUGACCUGUUUAGCUCCAAAGUCUUGUUCAUCUUUGAUGGUCUGGAUGAGUGUCGCCUUCCUCUGGAUUUUCAGAACAAUGAGAGCUGGUUUGAUGUAACAGAGAAAACGUCCCUGGAUGUGCUAUUGACUAACCUCAUUAAGGGGAAUCUGCUCCCAUCCGCUCUCCUCUGGAUAACCUCCCGGCCAGCAGCAGCCAAUCAGAUACCUGCUAAGUGUGUCCACCAGGUGACAGAGAUACGAGGGUUCAGUGAUGCCCAGAAGGAGGAGUAUUUCAAGAAGAGAUUUGAUGAUCAGAGCCUGGCCAGCAGGAUUAUCACACAUGUGAAAUCAUCAAGGAGCCUCUUCAUCAUGUGCCACAUACCUGUGUUCUGCUGGAUUUCAGCCACUGUGCUUAAGAGGCUUUUUAGUGAGAUUGACAGGGGAGAAAUUCCAAGGACUCUGGCUGAAAUGUACACACACUUCCUGAUCUUUCAGACAAGUGUAAAAAAUGACAAGUAUAUGAAAAACCAUGAAACUAAGCUUAAAGAAUACAGCAAGGAAUUCCUUUUGACACUUGGUGAACUUGCUUUUGACAACCUUGAGAAAGGCAAUCUCAUAUUUUAUGAGCAAGAUCUGACAGAGAAUGGCAUUGAUGUCAGUGAAGCUUCAGUUUACUCUGGAGUGUGCACAGAAGUCUUUAAAGAGGAGUAUGGGUUGUACCAGGAGAAGGUGUACUGCUUUGUGCAUCUGAGCAUCCAGGAGUAUCUCGCUGCUUUAUAUGUGUUUCUGUCAAACUUAUCAGCUGACCUGCUGAAGACUGCAGUGGAUCAGGCAUUAGAGAGCAAGAAUGGACACUUGGACCUCUACCUCCGCUUCCUCCUGGGCCUCUCAACAGACUCCAGUAAGACUCUGUUACAAAGGCUACUGGGGCCGACAAGAAUCACCUCACAUAUCAUUAAGGAUACAGCCCAGUACAUCAAGGGGAAAAUAAAGGAGAAUUUAUCUCCAGAAAGGACCAUCAAUCUGUUCCACUGUCUGACUGAAUUGGGUGACAAUUCUCUAGUAGAGGAAGUACAAAGAUACCUGAAUUCAGGAAACAUUUCAGCAGAUGACCUCUCACCUGCACAGUACUCAGCUCUGGCCUUUGUGAUGCUGAUGUCAGAUGAGGAGCUGGAUGUGUUUGACCUGAAGAAAUACAUCAGAUCAGAUGAAGAGCACUGCAGGCUGCUGCCUGUGGUCAAGAACUCCAGGACGGCUCUGCUGAACAGCUGUGAUCUCAUAGAUAAACACUGUGAAGUGCUGUCUUCAGCUCUAAGAUCAAACUCUUCCCCACUGAGAGAGCUGGACCUGAGUGACAAUAACCUGAAGGAUUCAGGAGUGAAGCUGCUCUCUACUGCACUAGGGGAUUUACACUGUAAACUGGAGCUAUUGAGGCUGUCAGGCUGUAGAGUCACAGAAGAAGGCUGUUCUUCCCUGGCUUCAGCUCUGAAGUUAAACCCCUCACACCUGAGAGUCCUGGAUCUGAGCUACAAUCACCCAGGAGAUUCAGGAGUGAAGCUGCUCUCUGCUGUACUGGAGGAUCUCAGCUGUAAACUGGAGAAGCUGCAGCUGUCAGGCUGUAGAGUCACAGAAGAAGGCUGUUCUUCCCUGGCUUCAGCUCUGAAGUUAAACCCCUCACACCUGAGAGACCUGGAUCUGAGCUACAAUCACCCAGGAGAUUCAGGAGUGAAGCUGCUCUCUGCUGUACUGGAGGAUCUCAGCUGUAAACUGGAGAAGCUGCAGGUGGGCCGGUGUGAACUCACAGAGAAAUGCUGUGAGGCACUGGCUUCAGCUCUCAGAUCAAACUCCUCACCCCUGAGAGAGCUGGACCUGAGUGACAAUGACCUGCAGGACUCAGGAGUGAAGCUGCUCUCUGCUGGACUGGGGGACUUACACUGUAAACUGGAGAUACUGAGGUUGUCAGGCUGUAGAGUCACAGAAGAAGGCUGUUCUUCCCUGGCUUCAGCUCUGAGGUCAAACCCCUCACACCUGAGAGAGCUGGACCUGAGCUACAAUCACCCAGGAGACUCAGGAGUGAAGCUGCUUUCUGCUGUACUGGAGGAUCCCAGCUGUAAACUGGAGAAGCUGCAUGUGGAUCAUGGUGGAGAGUGCAGGACCAGACCAGGCGUACAGAAAUACUCCUGCCAGCUGACGCUGGACCCCAACACAGCAAACAGACGCCUGUCUCUGUCAGGGGGGAACAGGAAGGUGACAUGGGGGGCAGAGCAGCAGCCAUAUCCUGAUCAUACAGAGAGAUUUGACAGCAUGCAGCAAGUUCUGUGCAGAGAGAGUCUGACUGGCCGCUGUUACUGGGAGGCUGAGUGGGAUGGAGAUGGAGCUGUGAUAGGAGUGACUUAUAAAGGGAUCAGGAGGGAAGCAGGGAGGGGCUGUGGGCUUGGAUUCAAUGACAAGUCAUGGAGUCUGUGCUGUAAUACUAACAGUUACUCUGUCCGGCACAAUAAUAAACAGACUCUCAUACCCAUAAAGCCCUCAGGCUCCCGCAGAGUAGGAGUGUAUCUGGACUGGGGGGCUGGUGCUCUGUCCUUCUACAGAGUCUCCUCUGAUGGACUGACCCCCCUGCACAGAUUCAGCUCCUCAUUCACUGAGUCCCUCUUUCCAGGGUUUUGGGUUUAUAACUCCUCAGUGUCACUGUGACGUGUUGCUGGUUCUCCUGGCAAAGAGGUCAAAUCUUUGCUUUUUAACCUUUAUAAUCCUUUUUACUCUGAAAUGUACAGAACUGUGCAAAAGUCUUAGGCAGGCAAAGAAAAUGAUGUUUAGAUUAUCCUCCUGUUGGUGUAAAACUAUGAUAUGAUGCCUGUCAAAGUGUGUCAGCUUCGCCAUUUCAGAACCUCUGCUAAAAUCAUCCUAGUAUUUGCAGUGACCGUCCAGUGCAGCCAUGUAUUUUUUGACUUGGCCACUAACACACCUCAUACAGCUAGUCAAUCUCUCACUGACUUUUUAAACCAAUAUAUUUAAUUAUUUAAUUCAGUUGUUGGUGAAAUUUAACAAAACCAUGGAACGGCUGAGGUGCCCCUGAAGAGAAGUUUGGGAACUGAAGCGGUGUUCAUCUAGCCAUCCAACUAGAUAUCAGUAACUUUUUAGAAAACAGAAGAAAUUAUUACUAGUUUUUAUUGUGUUACUCUUAAUUUGCACACGUUCUAAUGUUAAAUUGUUUUUUGUUCUAAGCCUUUUGUUCACUUUCAAGAAUUGCUUUUUUUUUAAUUGUCUACUGCAAUAUGUCUGAAACGGCGAUGUACACUGGUGUUUGCUGCUAUAGUGCUGUUAAUAUAUUUUUAUGCAUAUUCUAUGUUAAUUCCGCUUUUUAUAUUUUUUUUAUACACUCUACUGGGCCGAUGAUGAGUCAAUGCAACGUAAUUUUGCUCUGAUGUGCACUAACCAGCCAGUUUAUGUUCUGAAUGACAAUGAAGUAGCUAUUCUAUUCUAUUCUAUUCUAUUUCUGGAUAAGUAUGGGCUGGAAUACAGAGAGAAGCUGGUGGCCAAAGCAGUGAAGGUCAUGAGUGGCAGAUGCUCUGGGGUCCAAACAGGAGUUAGAGAGGUUGCCAGAUAUGCAUUUUAUGUUCACUGCAGCCCACACUGUUUGCAUUUGUCAUUGUUGACUGUGUGAAAAAUGUCCCUGUAGCUGCAUGUUUUCUUCUCUUUGCUGGAAAGACUGUGUGUGAUCAU